AGCAGGAGAGGGAGUGGGUGGGGCUGGGAGCACACCUCUGUGGUGGCGGGGCGGCCUGCUAAGGUGUCAUGGCUGCGGCCGCUGAGAUUAGUUCCGCGAGCAUCGGUGACAGGAGCCUGGAGCAGAGCUGCAGCCCCAGCCUCUCCCAAGAGGUGCUCUGCGAAGUCUUUCGCUCCCUGCAUACCCUGGCUGGACAACUUAACCUGAGAGAUGAUGUGGUGAAAAUUACAAUCGAUUGGAACAAGCUCCAGAGCCUCUCGGCAUUCCAGCCCACUUUGCUCUUUAGUGCACUUGAACAACACGUUUUAUAUUUACAGCCUUUUUUAGCAAAACUUCAGCCUCUGAUUAAAGAGGAUAAUACAACCGUUGUUGAAGAGAUAGGAAAAACAGAAACAGGGAACAGGAGUGAAGUAAAUGCCAAAUUUCCCACUGUCGAGCUACAAGAGGAAGAAAAGCACAAAGAUGGUGACUUAGGAGAUGUGAAAAAGACACAGAUCCAUUUUGAUCCAGAAGUAGUUCAAAUAAAGGCUGGAAAAGCAGAAAUUGACAGACGAAUAUCUGCAUUUAUUGAAAGAAAGCAAGCUGAAAUCAAUGAAAACAACGUCAGGGAAUUUUGCAAUGUUAUUGAUUGUAAUCAAGAAAAUAGUUGUGCAAGAACCGAUGCCGUUUUUACCCCUUACCCCGGAUUUAAAAGUCAUGUAAAAGUUUCUAGAGUUGUGAAUACAUAUGGACCACAGACUAGACCUGAAGGAAUUCAAGGGUCAGGUCAUAAACCCAACAGCAUGCUUCGAGAUUGUGGUAAUCAGGCCGUAGAAGAGAGACUACAGAAUAUUGAGGCUCACUUGCGAUUGCAGACAGGUGGUCCGGUGCCCAGAGACAUUUAUCAAAGAAUUAAAAAACUUGAGGAUAAAAUCCUUGAACUGGAAGGCAUCUCUCCUGAAUAUUUUCAGUCCAUAAAUUUUUCUGGAAAAAGAAGAAAAGUUCAACCACCUCAACAGAACUACUCACUGGCUGAGCUCGAUGAGAAAAUCAGUGCCCUCAAGCAAGCCCUGCUCCGAAAAUCAAGAGAAGCCGAACCCACCGUGGCUCACCACCUCCCGUGAAAACGCCUCGCGUCCUUGCCGGUCACCUUGUUACACACGUGCGUGUAACUUACCCUGCAGUUAACUAAACGGACACGUGUCUAUCUAUGUAGACUUCCCUCUGAAGUCAGGGCGUAUUUUCAUGUGAGUGCAGCUUGCAGCAAAUACUCUUCAAAUAUUCCAAUGAAUUUUGAAAUAGUUAAUGCAUUGAAAAUAGCAUUGUCGAAAUUAUUCCCUUCUGUUUUAAAGGAGGUAUUUUAGAAAUUGAAAAACUUAAUUUGAAAGUACAUCUUUUUAUGUGUGUGUGUGUGUACCACAGAAAGGAAGAUUUAUUUUGAAUAGUGAUAUUUUAAAGGACUUUAUAUUUGUAACAUUGAUGUUAACUAGUUUAGAUUAGUACUUUGUACAUAAUAGGCAUUCAACAGAAAUGUAUUGACUGAAACGAAUUUUAAAUGAAUGCAUACACUUUUUUUUUUCAAAUGUCAGUUUUCGUGUAAAUAAAUAGUAGAUCCCACCUGUAUCCCCUUA